AUGGUGAUCACGGCGUCCAAUUUGAACAAUGUGCGGAUCCACAACUCCAAGAUUGGCGACUUGAUCAACUCGAGACAACUCCAGCCUCCGUUCCUACGAAGCGAUAUCGAUUGUGCCGACGUCCCAGACUACAUUGGUGUUACGGGCACUCCCAUCAUCGACCCUGCCACCGAUAUCAUCUACAUGUUUGCCAAGGGCUAUAAAGGAGCUGCUAGCGGUGGUGUGGUCAAUGGCAUAUACCAGAUGUAUGCGCUGCAGCUGCCGACUCUAGCCGACGUCUCUAGCUUUCCGGUUUCUAUGGAAGGCCACAACGCGGACAACGAUCCAGCCAAGUACUUCAUCGGAGGCACCGUGCUGCAGAGACCCGCUCUGGCAACCGUAAACGGCGUUAUUCUCGUGGCAUUUGGCGGCCAUUGCGACCUGUUCAACUAUACCGGAUACGCGGCGGCCGUCAGCAAGACGCCUGGAGUUGGUGUAGUGAGUAUGUAUGCUAUGGAGGCUGCUCCCGGCGCCCCUCCACAACAAGCGCUGGUUCUUAUGAACCAGAAUGGUGGCAAGGCCGGCAUCUGGCAGAGUGGAAUGGGCAUCGCUGUCGAUGGAUCGCGAUUCUUCGUUGUCACCGGUAACGGCCUGGGGCAUGCCAACGGAAACGUUCCCGCCAGUGGCCGGCUCCCGCUCAGUACCUUGGACGAGUGCGUGGUCAAUUUCGGCAUCUCCUCGACAGGGAAAAUCUCUCUCACCGAUUACUUCGAGCCUUACGACUACGUGAACAUGGAUGCUGACGACAAGGAUCUUGGCUCGUCUGGCCUGUGUCUGCUUGACCCGUCUACCUUCCAAGCCGGCACCGUGUCUCGUAUCGCCGUGACUGUGGGAAAGAACUCAAAGGUCUACGUCAUGAAUGCAAAUAACCUGGGCGGUUUCAAGCAGGGAAGCGGCGGAACAGACAACGUCAUCCAAACCAUCACUACCACAAACUCCGCCUUUGGUGGAGCGGGGAGUUAUCCUCUGGAAGGGGGGUAUUUCUACUUCACCCCUGUCGGCGACUAUACAUAUGCGUACAAAUUCGGUACCGACGGUUCCGGGGGGCCCUUCUUCACCCAGGCUGGCAAAACUCUAUCCGUGUCGGCUGGUCGGGCUGGCAAUGGCCAACCUACAGUCACCUCUAACAAGGGGCAGCCGGGCACUGGAAUUUUGUGGGUUACCGACGUCAACUCCGGUCUGAACGCAUACAGGGCGGUGCCAGAUUCAGGGGGCAUUCUACGAACUCUCCCAUUACCCGCGACUCCCGGGAUCAACAAAUACCAGCGUCCCGCCUUUGGUGACGGCCGGGUUUUUGUCACGGCGGGCAACAAAAUCAUCGCUCUUGGUGCUCCGGUCAACCGGCCUUUGACGUGCAUCGAUCCCGUCGAUUUCGGCUCGGUUCAAACCGGGUCCACCGGAACGGCGACGGUCUCAUGCACGGCAAAUAUACUGAUCACGAAGAUCAACGGUUGCACAACUGCGGACCCCCGGUUUCAGUGCAAGAACUCGACGUUGCCGACUGGGCAACUUGCUACUGGAGCAACUUUCAGCUUUCCAGUUACUUGGAAUCUCAGUAGCGAUGCUCUGGCGACCUUGCAGAACACGAGUUAUGGGACUGUGAUUCCUGGUAUCGACGGCUCUGUGCUCUCCGUCUAUACUACCAACGGUGUGGGUGGUUACACUAACAUUGUCCCCAUUUCCCUCACCGGAUCAGUCGUCAGCAGCGCGCCGUUUUUGCUCAUCACCCCUGGACAGGUGGAUUUUGGGGGUUUGGUGUUGGGAAAUGCAAAUUCAGCGAAUAGCUUGACUGCCUCUGUUUCCAUCCAGAACGUUGGCAACAGCACCUUGACCAUCACGGGCAUGGCAUGGCGGGUCGGCAACGACUCUACAACCACUUUCACCAAUAUUACCUUCUCGGGGACGAGAGCAACAUUCGGCCUGGGAUUCUUUGCGCCGUCCUUUCCAGCACCCGCAAGCACGCUUGCGGCCAGCCAGUCUCGCGGUGUCCCUCUCUAUUUCAACACCACUGCCAGCGGCUCUUAUUCCAUCUCUCUCACGAUUUGGACCAACGGUGGGGUUGGCAAAGUCUUGCUCUCGGCCUCUGCUGGAAACCCUCCCAUUGCUUCGAUCGCCGUGUCGACUUCGGAAAAUGGGUGGGAUACCAGCGUGCCGCUGGCAAUGAGCUUUGGGGAUGUCCUCGCUGGCACGACUGUUACAAAGCGGAUCCGUCUCUGCAAUACGGGCGGCUCUGUCCUCACAAUUACAAAGUCCAAGCCGCCGAUUGCGGCCCAGCUAACUUCAACAAACCCUUACGGCGAUCUACUUGAAGGCCAAAAGAUUGCAGUGGGCGCCUGCGCUUACGGGACCGUGGCUGUCUAUGCCGGAACAGUCCAGCCGAAUCACCCGGCCCAGAAUCUCGCAGACGCAUGGGUUCUCAAUGCCGAUGGCCAGGAUGCCCUCAACCCUACCCAGCCAUUUGGCGUCCACGAUCUCGCGAUAUCGGCACGGAUUGUAUCUCGACAGGUAGGCCCGCCUCUAUCAAACGGACUCGGACGCUAUCAGUGGACCGGAUGCUUCCGUGACAGCAACGGUCGUACUCUGGCCACCCAGAUCAACAACGCUGCCCAGGAGGCUACCAACACCAACGAGCAAUGCCAGACCUUGUGCUUUGCCGCCGGGUACACAUUCGCCGCAACUGAAUAUCACCAAGAGUGUUGGUGCGGCAACACUAUCAACAAUCCGUCCACUUACACCAGCGAUUCUCAAAACUUCUGCACCUUCUCUUGCAAUAGCGACGCGAGCGAAUCUUGUGGCGGCGAUGGGAGCUACGUGAGCCUGUAUGCAGACACUACCAAGUUCGAUAUCCAGGCCUUCCUAAACUCGAUAAACGGCGUACCAACGUCAACAAGCUCUAUCGCGACCUCAUCCACGAGGUUUUCAAGCUCGUCCACGAGGUUAUCAAGCUCUUCGUCACUGACUACCAUCUCGACAACUUCCAGCACCCCGUCAACAACUCCUUCGGGCUCUCCAUUGAACCCCAACGAACCCGCCGUCAUUAGCGGGCAGUGGAACUAUAUUGGCUGCUACAAGGAUAAUAUUAAUGGGCUUCGGUCGCUAUCUUCGGCGAGCACAGCUUCUGGUACCAUGACGCUGGAGGCAUGUGCGAGCUUCUGUUCUGCCUACAAUUUCUUUGGCACCGAAUACUCGAGCGAAUGCUAUUGUGGCUUCAAGCUCAGCACAGCGACGCUGAAGGCGAGUGAAGAUGACUGCAUCGCCACGUGCUCCGGCAACCCAGCUCAGAUUUGCGGCACUGGCGACCGCCUCUCGGUGUACAACAAUACGGUGUACCUUUCGCCGCCGUCGCAGCCAUCGCACGUCCCGAGGGCGGGCAACUACGUAUGGUCUGGAUGCUAUACCGAGAUCGCGGCUGGCCGUGCUUUGUCUCUGGCUGGUACUGCUGCUGAUACCAUGACGAUCGAGGUGUGCGCUGCGUUCUGCGCCGGCAACAACGCCCAGUUCAUGGGCGUCGAGUACGGCCGGGAAUGCUACUGCGGAAACACGCUCGACCUCGGCUCGACGCAGGUCGACCCGACGGCCUGCAACAUGCUCUGCCAGGCAAAUCCUCUGGAAUUCUGCGGCGCCGGCGCCAGGAUUGAGCUGUAUUCGUACUCGGCACUCCCGAGCUCGACGACUUCCAGUACAUUGGUGGUCUCAACCACGUCAAAGUCGUCAACAAGCUCGACAAGCUCAACGACAUCAAGCUCGACAAGCUCGAGAAGCUCGACAACCUCAUCAACUUCAUCAACUUCAUCGAGCUCGUCCUCGACAAGCAAGUCCAGUUCAUCAACAUCGUCAAGCUCGACAACAUUGUCAAGCAUGUCCAGUUCAUCAACAUCGUCAAGCUCGUCAACUUCGUCGAGCUCGUCAAGCAAGUCCAGCACGUCGGACGCUUCAACCUCUUCAUCAUCUUCGUCUUCGUCGUCAACGAGCACCGGACCGACUCCUACGGCGACGAACGGCUACUAUCACAUCGGCUGCUACUCGGACACAUCGAACGGCCAUGCGCUCCCGAAUCUCAAUUCGAACAGCAGCAUGACACCAGAGCUUUGCAUUGCCAUCGCUAACAGCAUGUACAGUGCGGCGCCGACUCCAACAGCAGCGGCUCGCCUACCAUAUCUAUUCCUCGAGUACCACCAUGAAUGCUAUGGAGGAACGAGCUUCGACUUCAGGGGCAGCGCGGUGACAACACUGGUGGGCCAGAACGCCUGCACCGACUACUGCUCUGGCAGCAUCGUGACUUUCACCACCAACGGCGUGGCGUCGACGACGACGGACCUGGCCAAUAGGUGCGGCGGCGCCAAACAGUUUGAUCUGUACGCGCUGUCCACGGCGGUGGUAUUCCCAACGACGGGCGGGCCUGUGGCGACAGUCACGGCGCCGUGA